AUGGUCACCAAAUCCAAACUUAAGCUCGCCUUGGCGGCCGAGAAGGGCGUCGACCUCCGCAAGGUUAAGGAACAGAGAAAGAUCAAGGCAAAGCACCGCGAAACCGCCAAGGAGAAAGAGAAGAAGGCCAAGUCCAAGGGCACCGAAGCCGAAGACGAUGUCGAAGACGAGGAGAUGGGCGAGGACGAGGACGACGACGCCUCUGUCAUUUCUGUCGAGGGUGAAAUCACACUGAACGCUGAAUUCGAGGAUGCCGACUCGGAAGAGGAGGAGGAUGACGAGGACGAGGACGACGAGGAGGAAGACGACAAGCUCGACAUCGAGGCAUUGGACGACACAGACAGCGACUCCGAUUCCGAGAUCGACAUGGAAGAAAAGAUUGAGCGUCCAGCCAAGAAGACUAAGACGGCUAAGACGACUAAGAAGACGCCGACAGAAGUCGAGGAGAAGGAUGAUGAUUCGGAAGACGACGAAGAAGACCCCGAGGCGGACGACGUGCCCCUGUCGGACCUCGACGCCGACGAGGAGGACUUGGAGGACAUUGUCCCGCACACCAAGCUCACCAUCAACAACAAGACGGCGCUCCUCGCCUCGCUGAACCGCAUCCGCAUCGAUACCUCGUCCACCGUUCCUUUUGCGACGCACCAGUCCGUCGUAUCGUCCAAGCCCACGGCCGACGCCGUCCCCGACGUCGAGGACGACCUCCAGCGCGAGCUCGCGCUCCUGUCGCAAUCGCUUGAGGCGGCGCGCAAGGGCCGCAGCCUGCUCAUCAAGGAGGGCGUGCCCUUCUCGCGCCCCAACGACUACUUUGCCGAGAUGGCCAAGGACGACGGCCAGAUGCAAAAGGUCAAGGCCAAGCUCGUCGAGGAGGCCAGCGCCAAAAAGGCCGCCGCCGAGGCGAGGAAGCUCCGCGACCUCAAGAAGUUUGGCAAGCAGGUGCAAGUCGCCAAGCUGCAGGAGCGCCAGAAGGCCAAGAAGGACACACUCGACAAGAUCAAGACGCUCAAGAGGAAACGCCAAGAAGGCUCUUCCAACCUCGACACGCACGAGGCCGACCUGUUCGACGUCGGUGUCGACAACGAGAUCAAGAGCCACACCAACUCGUCCGGCAAGCGCGACGGCAAGCGCGACGGCGGCCGGUCCGGAAGCGGCGUCAACGCCAAGCGGGCCAAGAAGAACGACAAAUACGGCUUCGGCGGCAAGAAGCGCCACGCAAAGUCGGGCGACGCCGUCAGCUCCGGCGACCUCAGCGCCUUCAACCCCAAGCGCAUGAAGGGCGGCGUCGGCAAGAAGCCCCAGCAGCGCCCAGGCAAGAACAGGAGAAAGGCUCUGUCAAAUAAAUAA